AUGGGCACUUAUAGCCAGCACAGAUGGGCACUUAUAGCCAGCACAGAUGGGCACUGGUGGGCACUGAAAGCCAGCACAGCUGGGUCCAGGGGCAGACUGACAACUCAUGGGGCCCCCAGGCAAUAGGGGAUCAUGGGGCCCCUGUGUCCUUGCCCAAACUAAAAUAAUCCUAUGAAAAAGGUACCAAGGGCAUCUCAUGGGGCCCCCUACUGACCCCGGGCCCUCGGGCAGUGCCCGAGUUUCCAAAUGGUCAGUCCUCCCCUG